CUCGAUAGCCGGAGACGUUCCAGACGAAGCAGACCUGUUUCCGAUAUAGAGCACGGACACAUAUCGGCAACAUAUCAGCGAAUGUCUCUAGCAGGGUAUCGUCGGUCAGUUGUGCUGUAAACCACGCCGGUCAUGUCAAGACCGGGCCGAGAGCGUGGCAUGCCAGUGCGGACUCGGACUCGGACGCAGCGCUCUCUGUAACUGUUGUAAUGCUUCUCUACAACGCACAUGGCAUCGUCCUUGCGUCGGUCAGCAAGCAGAACCAAACAAUCACCCGCCGAGGGACAGCAAGGUCGCCUUACAAGCCCUCGCUAACCCGCAACAGUACAUCCUCAAGGAUCAUUGUUGGCCAGCCUGCCGUUGAGGCUAAAGCACAUACUCUCGUGGGGCGAAAGGACUUGACGGUGCCUGGCUACAUUUGUCAGCCGUGGGAAUUGUUAUGUAACGGCGCUCAUGUACCUGCGCUCAUCCUCCAUGUGGCCUUUUUACCAGCCAAUCGCGAAUCACGAAUCGCGCUAGCCCAAGGUCAGGUUUGCUCGGGAUUCCCUUUUUCGAGUGUGGAGGAGCUACCUUGGUCUGGCCAGGGUAUGAUUGAGAUGGUGAGAGAGCACGGGCGAGAUCGACUUGGCCCCCAAUCUGUGGCACUGGGUCGUCAUUGUUGCGACCAAGGGUGUCAUGAUGGCCCAUAGGUUGUUGACAUUGUAAAUUAUGCAGGUGGCUGAGGUCCUUAUUUAGUGCUUGUUAAUGCUUGGGUGCGGUUCGCUGCUAGGCCUAGGGGUUGCUUGCAGGGGCGGGCAAGCUUCGAAGCUUGCCAUUCAGUGGACCACUGGUGUUAUACUAGUC